UGGUGUACUUCAGGAGUGUGGUUAUGUCUGUUGAAUUGAAACGUCAGACGUGGUGACUGAUCUUGGCAUCCCAAAGUCUCUUGGCAGCAAUGGCGGACUACUUCGAUGAGAUGGGAUGGGAGCCAGUGGCUCUGGAGGAGACUCAGCAGCAUCAGAUAAUGCUAAUGGUGAGGGCAUUGCUGGAUCAUGGGUUUUUCCCCGAUGAUAUGCUCCAGGGAGAGCGUCUUGCACCACCAGCAUCGAAGGAGGUGGUUCGAAAUUUACCAGAGAGAAAACCCUCUCCUGAAGAUGAAAGUUGUUCCAUUUGUUUGAAGCCCAAUUCUGAACAUCCGGAUAUCUUCAAAAUUUUGCCUUGUUCUCAUGAAUUUCAUCAAUCAUGCAUUCUGCCAUGGCUCAAUCAGACGAAUUCCUGUCCUUUGUGUCGUUUCGAACUCAAAACUGACGAUUCUGAAUAUGAGGAGCGAAAAAAAUUCCUUCAGCGCCAGAGAGAGCGGGAGGAGGAUCUUGAAGGUCUACAUAAUUCUAUGUUUGGGUAAUUUGGACAUUCCUUGGGGGACUUGAGGCUUUUGGGGAGAAUGGGGAGAAUCCUAUUUUAAAAUUACCGGUUGGUGUGUUUGGUUGUAAUUUAAAUUUGAAUAAAAUUUAACGGGUGAAACGCAGCAAA